AUGGAAGAAGAUAAUCCCUUUGCAAUCUUCACCACAAAAUCAGAAAGAUUGGAACUCCUCCGGCAUAUUAUUGACGCUGAUUCUCCCCUCACACCUGAUGCCACCGAUCUAGUUCUUGCCACGGUUAAGACACAUGAGAGUCUCCUAGAAGGUCUUUCGGACAAAGAAACUAGGCAAAUCAAAGCUCUCUCUCGAUUCAUCUCAGCCGAGCCAUGGACUAUUCAGGAGGAUCCAUCCAAACUGUCUCCAUCUCAACAGGAGAAAAUGCAUGUCCCCUCUCCGGAUAAUACGGUAGUGUCCUCACCUUUAAAUGCAAAUGUUUCAGCUUCUAGAAAAUUAGAUUUUAACUUUUCCUUGCCAAAUCAGUUUGUGUCUAUCUCCAGUGAUAUGAAUGCCCCUUCCUUUCCUUUACAAAAUGAUCCGUAUGAUUCUUCAAAUCAAUUGCCUGAAAAUCUUGUUUCCUUAUCUGAUUUUUUGCAUACUGUGACCUCUCCAUUCUCCAUUCGAAAUAUCAACCAAUUUGUGUCUCCUAUGACUUGUGCUGCUUUUUCUAUCCCCAUAACUUUACCUGUCCUAUCUUCAACAAUAGAGGUUCCCAUUCCAGUAUCCACCUCCCAUGACACUGUCCCUAUCAUCUCUGUGCCCGUGAGCAAAUCUUCCCAAAAAGGGAAAGAAAAACUUAGUGUUUCAGGUACAGCCGGGAAAAGAAAAAUUGGAGCAUUGGAGGAUGUUGUCUGCUUGUCUGAUUCCAAGCAAUCAAAGAAAGGGCCCACAUUGCCACCCAGAAUGACUCGGUCUAGAUCUGUUUCAGUCCCUGUACCAAGUCCGGCCCCUGCACCAGCACCUGCUGCUGUUCUGUCUGGCUCAAAGAAGAAACAACCCAAGAAGACUUAUCAUCCUAUUUUACUGUCUCAAGAUUUGAUGUCCGACUGGAGGGUUCAUACUACAAGGGAUUUUAUUCUGGAAAAAUCCAUCAAUGUGGAGGAGCUGACAGAAAAAUGCAACAUUGUGCCUAUUUUGCGUGAUCAGUUUCUGCUUGCCUCACUUGUACAUGUUGGCCCGUAUUCCAGAUGGCUCACUGCCGAGUUCUACACAAAUUUAACAUUGGAUACGUUUUCGGAGGGGUCUCCACGAUUUCAACAAGUCUUCAUUCGGGAUAAAUGGUAUCCCUUAAGUCCUGCCGUGAUUAAUUCAUAUUUGGGUACUCCGAAUCAUCAAGCUGCUCCUGACCCAAGUCCUAAUCUCCAAGCCGCUGCAUUAACUCACAACAAAAUUGUCACUUGGCCUAACUCCGGACUUGAAAGCCUAAAGCUCACCACGGUCUACUCUGUUCUUCUCCGGAUUGCCUCAACUAAUUGGAUGCCGGCUGUGCGUCAUCAUCUUGUCUCUGACCAGCUUGCUGCCCUCCUUUACAAAAUCAGAAACCACCUUCCCUUCAAUCUCGGAGAAAUCAUUUUUGGUCAUCUUGCUCAAUUCGUGCGACAUAGGGAACCUAAGGUACAUCUACCGUUUCCCAGUCUCAUUUUUGGACAUCUACAUGACCAUGGGUUCAAGCCAUACAAAGAUGAGGAGGUAGUUGCUAAUGCCUCAGUUUAUAAGUAUGAUGAUCGGUUGACAAAUAAGGAUCACUAUGAUGAUAGAGCUACUCUGUUGAUCACUCCCGGUGCACCAACUGCCACGCCCUCUGUGUCUGCCCCUGCAUCAUCUGCUGAAACUGCCUCCGCACCAAAUCCCCGUCCUACGACAGUGUUCAAGGAACCUCAAACACUCAUGGAUCGCCGUCAAAUUGUUCUCACUCUUCAAGCGUCAAUUGCUCAAAUUCGCACAUCGGUUGCUUCUCAACAAAUUACCAUUGAUGGCUUAGAGAAUUUGUUGGGUGCUCAAUUGGAAGAAAUAGCCAGAAUUGAGGCCAUCUAUGCUCGACUUCGAACUAAUACUGGCGCUGGCACUGGUUCUAUUUCUGAGAGUGAUGAAUCUGAAUCGGGUACCCCGUCUGCAAGUUAA